AACCAAACCCCUUCACGAUUGAUAAAACAUUUCUUUAUUUUAUUCUCUCUCCUCAAAAUCUAAACACAACAGCGCUCCUUUUCAUUUCGUUCCGUUCACGAUGAAGAUGAAGCCGUGGUAAUGGCGGCAUCACUCAACAGCUUGAGACAUUCUUCUGCAUUCUUCUCUUCAGUGAGCAUCGUGGUUAUCCUAUCUUGAUUUUUUGAGUUAUUAUUGAGAUUGUGGCAUUGGUGGUUGUUCUCUUUGAACGAUUGCUCCAGAGAGAAGAAAUUCUCUAAUCUUGGAAUGGAAACUUCAAAGAAUCAAAAUCCGGUGCAAUUCCGUUCAUCAGAAGUUGGAAACCAAGAACAUCAUUCUGAAUUACAAGCUUCCAAGGUAGAUUCUUCCGCUCAUGCAAAUGCGAGUUUGAACUCUGCAGAGAGUAAUUUUUCAGAAGCCAAACCCGUACAUAAUUACUCAAUACAAACUGGUGAGGAAUUUUCUCUGGAAUUUAUGCGCGACCGGGUCAAUCCCAAGAAACCUGUUUCAGAUGUCGCCGGUGAUUCCAGUAAUGCAUCUAGUCACUUGGAGCUAAAAGGAAUUCGGGGCAAUAAUCAUACUGUCUCAGAAAGUGGCUCAGCUAUCACCAUGAUGUCUACUGCAGAAAAAGAUCCGAGAGAAUUUGAACGGAAUAAUUUUUCUUUGCAUGGGGACAAAUUUAACAAUGGUUCUUUCCAAUCGAUGCAAUCAGCACCACGAUGUUUAUCAGGUCAGAAUAGCCAGCACACACUUGUUUAUGCUAGAUCUGGAACUUCUUAUAGCCCUAAGCUUAAGGUUCUCUGCAGCUUUGGUGGAAGAAUCCUACCUCGGCCAAUUGAUGGAAGGCUCAGAUAUGUUGGUGGAGAAACACGCAUCGUUCGAAUAAAUAAAGGCAUUACCUGGAAAGAAUUAUGGCAGAAGGCUAUUGCAAUUUAUAACGAAACAUGGGCUGUAAAAUAUCAGCUUCCUGGGGAGGAGCUUGAUGCUUUAGUUUCUGUGUCGAGUGAUGAGGAUUUGUUGAACAUGAUGGAGGAGUGUGAUGUUCUUGAAGAUGGAGAAGGUUCAAAAAAGCUUCGGAUGUUUCUAUUCUCGCUUGGGGACUUGGAUGAUGCUCACUUCAGUCUGACCAACUCUGAAUGUGAUUCUGAGAUUAAAUUUAUGGUUGCUGUCAAUGGAAUGGGCAUUGGAUCUCGAAAAGACUCUACUCUAUGUGGUUUAGCAAACUUUUCAGGAAAUAACUUGAACAACUUAGAUGCACUGAAUCAAGAUAAAGUUACAAGUUGGAAUGCCACUCAAUCUGUAGCGACCAUCAGGAAUUCAACAUUGCCAACUUUUGUUGGCCCAUCAAGGGAAACUGAACCUUCUAAUUCAAAUUUACCUACUUCCUCCAAAGUUUGUGAAACUGAUUUGCUGUCAGAUAAUGGUCAGACAGUCAACCACAAUCAAGAAAGACAGCAGCAUUCUCAAUUUGGCUAUAAUGUUCCCACUUCAAAUUACAAUCAUUCUGAAAUUUCUACGCAACAAUCUUCUAAUGGGAUUGUCUCUGAUCAGAAGGGACUUGAAGGAAAGUCGCUAGAUAGCUUGGGAAUGCAAGUUACAAAACCCCAAGAGACGGAGACUAUACAGAAAGUUGAUGCCAUAAUUCCACAAGAGCGUGAUAAUAAGGACAUGUGUGCAAACGAGAACUUUGUUCCUUCACAGGUUCGCAGUAAUAAAACUGAACCUAGUUUUCCAGUUGAAGAGUCAUGUAUGGUCCCUAAACUGGAUAGGGAACUAUCUUCAAAGAGUUCAAAAGGCACAGGGAAACCAGAGGAGCAUGUCCAGGUCUCUAAACCUCUUGUUUCUUCCACUCCUGAUCUUCUUAUAUCUGAGUCUGGUUGUACUGAUUUGAGUUACUUUGGGUCUACUAAUCCUCCUCCGAGGGUCUUCCGUUCUGAGUGGGUUCCUCGAGAGCAAUCAGAAUUGCUUGGUAGAAUAUCUAAGUCUGAUGAUUCACGUAGUUCUCAGUUUCUAGUUAAUCAGCCAGAGGCCGAUAUAUCCCAGCGGGAUUUAGAUACAUCAUCUGUUGAAAACUUGGAAAAAGGGAAUGCGAAUAUCUCUACUAAAAAGUCAACUUCUACUGAACGGCCUAUCCCUCAGGAACAUGAAACUACUGAUGAUGGGCUUGCUAAUACUCAGAAGCUGACACAUACGGAUCCCCUUGAUGCUCAAGGUUCCAUCCAUGAAAAUCACUUCCUUAAGACAGAAGCAGAACAGUUGUCGAAGCUUCCUACUGUGGGUCCUGAAGAUCCUAUUGAGCACUCUCAUAAUUCUAUGCUUGGUUUGGUUGAUGAAAUUAGUAGUCAGGCAGUUGCUAAUGAUGUUCAUGGGUAUUCACAGCCAUUGGCAUUGGCAGGGAAUGUGGAAGAACCCAGCGUUGCUCCUGAGACCAAGCAGGGGGAUAUUCUCAUUGAUAUCAGUGACCGAUUCCCUUCUGAUCUUCUUUCGGAUAUAUUUUCAAAAGCUUUUCUUUCAGAUAAUGCAUCUGAUUUUGGCCCUCUACAGAAAGAUGGUGCUGGUGUGAGCGUGAACAUAGAAAACCAUGAUCCUAAACAUUGGUCCUUCUUCCAGAGGCUGGCAGGGGAUGAGUUUACAAGAACAGAUGUUUCUCUUAUUGAUCAAGAUCAUAUAGCAUUCUCGUCUGGACUUAAAAAACUUGAAGAGGGGACUCCUUUGGCAUAUGACUUUGCACCGAUGAAGAAAGAUGGAGUUCUUCCAAGUCACAUGGAAGUACAGGACAAUCAUGACAAAGAUGGUCAGAAUGGUCUUCCAGGAGAAAAUGGAGCUGCUUCUACAGCUACUUCUCAUUAUAAUGCAUCUCAAUUGAAAGAUGGAUUUGGAAUUAUUGGCUUACCUCCUCUAGAUCAUUCCCUGGCUGAUUUUGAUAUCACCGCAUUACAGAUCAUAAAAAAUACCGAUCUUGAGGAGCUAAGGAAGCUUGGGUCUGGGACAUUUGGGACAGUGUAUCAUGGAAAAUGGAGAGGCUCAGAUGUGGCGAUCAAGCGGAUAAAAAAGAGUUGCUUCACUGGUCGCCAGUCAGAGCAGGAGAGACUGACAUUCGAGUUUUGGAGGGAAGCUGAAAUCCUGUCAAAGCUUCACCACCCAAAUGUGGUUGCUUUUUACGGUGUGGUACAAGAUGGCCCAGGGGGAACAUUAGCUACUGUGACAGAGUACAUGGUCGAUGGUUCUUUAAGACAUGUUUUACUUCGGAAGGAUAGACAUCUUGAUCGUCGCAAGAGGCUCACAAUCGCCAUGGAUGCAGCUUUUGGAAUGGAAUAUUUGCAUUCGAAAAAUAUAGUGCACUUUGAUCUGAAAUGUGAUAAUUUGCUUGUCAACUUGAAAGAUCCUUCAAGACCUAUAUGCAAGGUGGGAGAUUUCGGCUUAUCUAAAAUAAAGCGAAACACCUUGGUUUCUGGGGGAGUGCGGGGAACUCUUCCAUGGAUGGCUCCAGAGCUUCUUAAUGGAAGUAGCAAUAAAGUAUCUGAGAAGGUUGAUGUUUUUUCUUUUGGUAUUGUCUUGUGGGAGAUUCUCACUGGGGAGGAGCCUUAUGCCAACAUGCAUUAUGGUGCAAUCAUAGGUGGCAUCGUAAACAACACAUUGAGGCCUACCAUUCCAAGCUACUGUGAUUCAGAAUGGAGAAGAUUAAUGGAGGAGUGUUGGGCCCCAAAUCCAUCCCUGAGACCUUCGUUUACUGAAAUAGCUAGCCAGUUACGCGUAAUGUCUUCUUCGGCCCUGACAACAAAGAAGGCAGGUUCAUAGUCAGUACAUUUUGAUUUUCAGUAAACGUACGUGCAAUAUUAAUAUCUUAAGGAAUCAUUAAUAUAUGAACAUUAAGAAAUAUAAAUACUUUGUACUUGAAGUUGUGGAGUCCAGUGUAACGCUCAGAGCCAACUGUUGAUGUUUGUAUGCAUUGAAAGAGAAGAACAAAGUUUUUUGCUAAAUAGAAAAAUGAUUCUAACUA